UGCUUACUUUGCAAGUUCCAAAACCCUACUCCCCUCCGCCUCCCUCCUUCCGGAUCCUUCCUUCCCCCCACACCCUCCCCGCCGUUUCUCCGAUCCGCCGCCGCCAUGUCGAUCCGCAUGCUGAACCAGAACGCGGAGGUGAUGAACAAGUCGGCGGCGCUCGCCAUGAACAUCGGCGCCGCCAAGGGCCUCCAGGACGUCCUCAAGACCAACCUCGGCCCCAAGGGCACCAUCAAGAUGCUCGUGGGUGGAGCUGGUGACAUCAAGCUGACCAAGGACGGGAACACACUCUUGAAAGAAAUGCAAAUCCAGAACCCAACGGCAAUCAUGAUUGCGAGGACAGCGGUGGCGCAGGACGACACGAGUGGUGACGGCACCACAUCCACAGUGCUUUUCAUCGGGGAGCUUAUGAAGAUGUCCGAGCGAUGCAUCGAAGAAGGUACUCAUCCACGGUUUUUGGUUGAUGGCUUUGAGGUUGCCAAGAAAGCAACUCUUGAAUUUCUCGAGACAUUCAAGACAGCAGUCGUUAUCGGUGAUCAACCCGACAGGGAGAUCUUGAAAAUGGUAGCAAGAACAACUCUUAGGACAAAGCUGUAUGAAGGAUUGGCUGAUCAGUUGACUGAUAUUGUUGUGAAUGCGGUCCUAUGCAUCCGCCAAAGUGAUCAACCAAUUGAUCUUUUUAUGGUGGAAAUAAUGCAUAUGCGCCACAAAUUCGAUGUCGACACACGUCUGAUUGAGGGUCUGGUCCUUGACCAUGGUUCUCGGCACCCUGACAUGAAGCGCAGAGCAGAGAAUUGUUACAUCCUGACAGCUAAUGUAUCACUGGAAUACGAGAAAAGUGAAAUCAAUGCAGGGUUCUUCUACUCAAACGCAGAACAAAGAGAAAAGAUGGUUACUGCAGAGAGGCGUCAAGUUGAUGAACGUGUCCAGAAGAUCAUUGAAUUGAAAAAUAAGGUUUGCGCAGGAACUGACAAGAAUUUUGUGGUGAUCAACCAAAAGGGCAUCGAUCCUCCGUCCCUCGAUCUCCUAGCUAGAGCUGGGAUUAUUGCUCUCCGAAGAGCGAAGCGGAGGAACAUGGAGAGACUUGUGCUAGCAUGUGGUGGCGAAGCCAUCAAUUCAGUUGAAGGCAUGACUGAAGAGUGUCUUGGCUGGGCUGGGCUUGUCUAUGAGCAUGUUCUUGGAGAAGAAAAAUACACGUUCGUGGAGAAUGUUAAGAAUCCUCACUCCUGUACUAUAUUGAUCAAAGGACCUAAUGAUCACACCAUUGCACAAAUUAAGGAUGCUGUACGAGAUGGUCUAAGAUCUGUGAAGAACACAGUUGAGGAUGAAGCUGUUGUGCUGGGCGCUGGAGCGUUCGAGAUGGCUGCAAGGAAGCAUCUCAUUGACAAUGUGAAGAAAACUGUUAAAGGACGAGCCCAACUUGGGGUGGGGGCAUUUGCCGAUGCUCUACUCGUUAUCCCCAAGACGCUAGCGGAGAAUUCGGGCUUAGAUACCCAGGACGUUAUUGUCUCUCUUGAGAAUGAGCAUGACCGUGGGCUGACGGUGGGGCUGAACCAUAACACUGGCGAGCCGGUCGACCCUGAGAUGGAAGGCAUCUACGACAACUACUCUGUGAAGCGCCAGAUCGUCAAUUCCGGACCCAUCAUCGCGUCGCAGCUGUUGCUAGUGGAUGAGGUGAUCAGGGCGGGGCGCAACAUGAGGAAACCAACCUAAACCUAGCGCUCGCCCCUUCCAGGCCGAGAAGACUUUUUGUUUGGUUGUUUUUCUCUUUGGUGUGCCGACUGCCGAGUAGCUAGUAGUGAUGUGGUGGGGUGAAUGCUUGACUGGAAGAGAUUGUACUUGUAACAACCCUCGUGACGGUUUGUCGAUGUGUUUCUACGCUCGUGUUUGUAUGCAGAAUGUUUUCGUGUUGGAUCAAGUUGAGCAGCUAUGUAUUUUUUGUGUGCUGGUGGUGAUUGGAUUCU